ACACACACACACACACACACACACACACAGAGGAGGCAGUGUGUUCACAGCAGAGCAGCGGAGACUCCCAGGUGCCACACACACACACGCACACACACUGGCACGCACGGCCACACGCACGCGCGCGCUCAGUGUGAAGGACGAACGGAGCAAAGGAGACGAAAACAACCGGAACAUUUGGAAACAUCGAAACAGGGAAGUGCGACUCGAGCGCGUGGCUUUGAGCGGAGACGGGUCGUCGGCAGCAUGUUCAGCUGGGUGAAGCAGGAGCAAGGUGGACGCAACAAGGACGGAGAGAUGUACCAGACGGUGACGGAGGGACUGCAGAGCCUCUACCUGAAGAAGCUGCUCCCGCUGGAGGAGACCUACCUCUUCCAUGACUUCCACUCCCCGGCCCUGGAGGCGGCCGACUUCCAGAGCAAGCCCAUGGUGCUGCUGGUCGGCCAGUACUCCACCGGCAAGACCACCUUCAUCAGGUACCUGCUGGAGCAGGACUUCCCGGGGAUGCGGAUCGGUCCGGAGCCGACCACCGACGGCUUCAUCGCCGUGAUGUACGGAGAACGAGGCGUCGUCCCCGGCAACGCUCUGGUGGUCGACCCCAAGAAGCCGUUCAGGAAGCUCAACGCCUUCGGGAACUCCUUCCUCAACAGGUUUAUCUGCUCUCAGAUGCCCAAUCAGGUUCUUCAGAGCAUCAGCAUCAUCGACACUCCCGGCAUCCUGUCAGGAGAGAAGCAGCGGAUCAGCAGAGGCUACGACUUUGCGGAGGUGCUGCGGUGGUUCGGGGAGCGCGUGGACCGGAUCAUUCUGCUGUUCGACGCCCACAAACUGGACAUCUCGGACGAGUUCUCCGAGGCCAUCCGGGCCUUCAGGGGCCAGGACGACAAGAUCCGAGUGGUCCUCAACAAGGCGACACAGGUGGACACGCAGCAGCUGAUGCGGGUGUACGGCGCCCUCAUGUGGUCGCUGGGGAAAGUGAUCAACACGCCCGAGGUGGUGCGGGUCUACCUGGGCUCGUUCUGGGCCAAACCUCUGCAGAACACCGAGAACAGGUCAGACCCCCCCCCCCCCCCCACAAACCUUACUCCAGUCUCUCAAAACAUCCCUAGAUAUUGUCUGUUACGAAGGAUUGAAGACUGUCUGGUUUGGUCCGUGCAGGUGCAGGCGUACAUCAUCAGCUACCUGAAGAAGGAGAUGCCGUCCCUGUUCGGCCGGGAGAAGAAGAAGGAGGAGCUGAUCAUGAGGCUGCCGGAGAUCUACACCAUCCUGCAGAGGGAGCACCACAUCAGCGCCGGGGACUUCCCCAGCGUCACCAAGAUGCAGGACAUGCUGCAGCACUACGACUUCAGCAAGGUUCCCGUCCCUGAAGGUGAAGCUGGUCGAAGGUCCGUGGACAAGAUGCUGGCGACGCGGAUCGCCGGCCUGAUGUCCAUGAUCCGGGACGAGGAGUCCCGCCAGCCGCCGCCGGGGGUUUCGGGCGGCGCCUUCGAGGGCUCCCGGGACGGGCCCUUCGGCCACGGCUACGGCGAGGGCGUCAGCGCCGGCGCCGACGCCGAGGACUGGAUCAUCGGCCGCGAGAAGCACCGCUACGACGAGAUCUUCUACAUGCUGAUGCCCGUCAACGGCAAGAUCAGCGGCGUCAACGCCAAGAAGGAGAUGAUGAGCUCGCGGCUGCCCAGCACCGUGCUGGGCCGGAUCUGGAGGCUGGCGGACUGCGACGCCGACGGCAUGCUGGACGACGAGGAGUUCGCCCUGGCGCAGCACCUCAUCAAGAUCAAGCUGGAGGGCUACGAGCUGCCGGCCACGCUGCCCCCCCACCUGGUGCCCCCGUCGCACCGCAAGACCACCACCGACACCGGGGUCGGGGCCGGGUACAACCACAGCGAGGACUAGCACGCACAUGCAAAAACACACGCAGGCACACACACGCAGACACAUGCAGACACACACACACACACACACACACACAGACACAUGCAGACACAUGCAGACACCACACACACACACACACACACACACAUGCAGACACAUGCAGACACACAC